CCCGUCACCGAAUUCGCCCUCCUCCACCUGACCACCCCCUCCCCUCACCUGCCGGAUUCGAUCCGGGCCAGCCUUGCCGCAGCCACGCGCUUGCAAGAUGCCUGGCACGCGAAAGCCUUCCCCGCGCUCCCUUCGUCCGCUGUCGACCGGGCCGCCCUCUGGUUUCCCCAGGUCGAGGAUCCCUCCUGGCUGAUGACCACCGCGAAAUGGGACUCGGUGGCCGCCCAUUGGGACUGGAUCCGCAGCGAGGAGAAC